AUGACGAAUUUCGAUAAGCACCGAGGAGUGGUCCUAGCCGUCUCCAUAUUGGCAUUGGCGUUCUGGGAUACGGUUCUAUUGUGGUGUGCCUUUUUCUAUUACGGUUUGAGUGCGUUGACACGUGCACAUAACAGCGAUACAACAAAACUGCUCAUUCCAUGGUUUCAUGGCUUUUCGCAAAUCGCAAACACUGCUUCGAUUUGGUGUGUUGUCGCAAUAACGGUGCAGCGGUUUAUGGCCAGUCGAGAUCCGUUCCGAUGUUCCAGGCAGGUUUCUCACAAGACUAGCCGUGCACUGCUGAGUUCGUUUCGAGGUGAUCGACGCAGCUCAUCACUAUCGAUGAUCUAUUGCUCUAUCUAUAGACGACAUUUUCGCAUGCCUAUACUGCUCUCGUUAGCCGCCAUCCUUCUCAAUUUACCUGCUUUCUUCGAGAUUCAGUCACAUGUGUGUAGGCGACGAGACGGUCGUUAUGGAUAUGGGGUAAUGCUCAUAAAUCUUAAUCACCCUAAGACUGUGCUCCCAUUUAUGCGCCCACAUAAUUGUAGAACAAUAACGACUUAA